CAGUCUGUUAGCAGAUCAGCUAACAUCAGCUAGCGGGUUUGCUGCUGCUCCUCCUGAUGUUAAGCUAACACUGCCUUGUAGUUACCUAGGAGAGGCGUUUUACUAAUACAGUGAACGCUAGACACUUUCCAGGGCGCCAUUCAAAUAACUAGUACCUUGAUAGUUUAUGUCAAGAUAAGAGCUAAAUACUAGUUAGCGUCUUGAUGCAGGAUACAGUAAGCUAAUAGUAACGUAAACGUUAGAAACCCGUUAACUUAAAGAGAAAUGCAAAAAAAACCCACAUGAUAGCGUCUUUAGAUAACAGUUGCUCGUCGGUAAAUUCAUGGAUUCAGGAUUGAGCUACUUAAUUCUGUCGUACCGGUCAAUGGAAACGAAUUAUCAUUUCCUGUUUCUGUGCUGUCUUGGAGUCAUCACUGGACCGGCUCAAAGAGUCAAAAAGUGAUCGUAAUCAAUGAAGUUAAGGUCCUCAAUACUGAGUGAAGUUUCAACUAGAUCGAGUUCAAAAUUGCCUUCAGGAAAAAAUAUCCUGAUAUUUGGUGAGGAUGGUUCAGGAAAGACGACACUCAUGGCCAAACUUCAAGGAGCUGAGCACAACAAGAAGGGGAGGGGACUGGAGUAUCUGUACUUAAGUGUCCACGAUGAGGACAGGGAUGACCUUACACGCUGUAAUGUGUGGAUCCUGGAUGGGGACCUAUACCACAAAGGCCUUCUUAAGUUUGCUGUUACUGCUCAGUCGCUACCUGACUGUCUAGCUGUGUUUGUUGUGGAUAUGUCACGACCUUGGACCAUUAUGGAGUCGCUGCAGAAGUGGGCCAGUGUCCUGCGCGACCAUGUGGACAAGCUCAAGAUUCCUCCUGAGAACAUGAGAGAAAUGGAGCAGAAGAUGAUAAAAGCCUUCCAAGAGUACACAGAACCAGAGGAUGCCACCCCAUCCUCCCCACAGAGACGAGCCCCAACAGCAGGAGAGGAUGAGGACGUCGUGUUACCACUAGGGGAAAACACACUCACGCACAACCUGGGCAUUCCAGUGCUAAUAGUUUGCACAAAGUGUGAUGCAGUCAGCGUACUAGAGAAGGAGCACGACUACAGAGACGAGCACUUUGACUUCAUCCAGUCCCACAUCAGGCGAUUUUGCUUACAUUAUGGAGCAGGUCUGAUCUAUACCUCAGUCAAAGAGGAGAAGAACCUGGAUCUGCUUUACAAAUAUAUAGUACAUAAACUGUAUGACUUUCAGUUCGUCACACCUGCCUUAGUGGUGGAGAAGGAUGCAGUGUUCAUUCCAUCCGGAUGGGAUAACGAGAAGAAAAUUGGUAUUUUGCACGAAAACUUCACAACAGUCAGACCAGAAGAUCCAUUUGAAGAUUUUAUCACAAAGCCUCCAGUACGAAAGCUGGUUCAUGACAAAGAGAUAAAUGCAGAGGAUGAGCAGGUUUUCUUGAUGAAGCAGCAGUCUUUAUUAGCAAAGCAGCCAGCCACACCAACAAGAGGAGCAACAGAGUCUCCAGGACGGACAGCCUCAGGGUCUCCACGGCCCGCAGGCCGUGCCGGACCGACAGCCGUAACCAGUGGCUCACCAAUGGCCUCUGUCAAGAAGCCUGACCCUAACAUGAAACCGGGAGCUGCCAAUGAGGGAGUGCUGGCUAACUUCUUCAACAGUCUGUUGAGUAAAAAGACUGGAGCCCCUGGGAGCCCAGGAGCUGGAGCAGUGGGAGCUGGAGUGCAAGGCUCUGCCAAGAAAACAGGGCAGAAGCCGGGUUUGACUGAUGUCCAGGCUGAGUUGGACCGGAUGACUCGCAAGCAAGACUCCAUGGUUUCAGCUAACAACAUACCACCGCAGACAGAGAACGAAGCGUGAAGGCAACAAAAACAGCUGCAUCGUCCACUUAAUACUCUGGAAAAAUAUAUGUACAUGUGAGCAUAAAAAAACAAAACAAAAAAAAUUGACCAAAUUCCUAACGCCUGUAUCAGUCAGCACACAGUGGUUUCACUGAAUGAGAUUCAAAGGCUAUCAGAAGGUUGGAGAGGGAGUGGAGAUGAGAAGAGAAAGAGAACGUAAAUGGAGGUGUUAAUGAAAUAAGUGCUUAAGGCUUGGCUUUUUCUAUCCUCUCUUCCACUGUAAAUGUUAUUUUGUAAGUUUAGGGAAAUGUGUGCACACUCCCUGGCAGUCAGCCUGACCUGCUGGGCUGAAGGCCCCCCAGAUUCUGGGCUCAUACACUCUACUCAUAGGUUUAAGAGUGGCAAUAUACUGGUUCCUCUGGUUUCGCUUGUCAUACUGAAGGAAUUUGGUUGCAUUUGGAAAAGUAUUUAAAUAUAUUCAUUAAUAAAUUCAAAUACUUGCAAGCAUAUGUAAUAUUUACAAAAAAAUGUUGGAUAUGAUACUGAUGUAUUUAUACAAACCUCCUCCUUUUUAUUUCAUGUUGUGCACCAUUUAUCGGUUUAAAGAAAAGGCUCAUCGUAACAUGUAAAAAUGCCACUGACACCAUGACACUAAUAUGACAUGUUCAGUUAGCGGAUAGCAUAUCAGUCGCCCUAGUCAUCUCGAAGGAUUCUGUAAAUAUGAAUACAAAAAAAAAUUAUUCAGGUUAACUUGAUUUUGUAUAAAGCGCUUUUUUGUCCAAAUUCUUAAGAUAGCUUCUUUGAAUAAAAUGGUUGGGAUUUGACAAGAAGUUAGAGGUCGCAGCAGAAUUGCUUCUUUAGCUACAGGUGUGUAUAUUUGGGGGAGGGGAUGGGGCAGCAUCUUUCCUACUAUAACUCCUAAGUGCCUCGCACAGUUAGCUGUUUGUGUCAUAGUAGAGGUGCUUGUCUGCGCAGGAGGAAACGCACUUGUAGCACCAUCGGUUCAAAGGUUUUUAUCAAUUUCUCGUCAUCCAAAUAAUUUAUUUUGUUUUACUUUUUUUUUUUUUUAAAUGUACAACAAGCCUGUGGUCGCUUCUAUUCUUCAGAAAUAUGAUUUCUGUGGCCUAGUUCAUAAUGUUUAUAGAUUGAAUGCCUUCAUAAAAACUAAGGCUGCCGAUACUGAGAAGGAACCACACGAUGGAACCUUUGGGUCCCCCAGACUUUCUGUGGUUGAAACCACUCAUUUGCAGCCAAAGCACACAGGCACACACAAAAUUAUCUGCUGUGGUUUGAACAAAAUGAGAUUUUCUAACAUUCAGUGUUAGACACCACUGUCGUCCUCUGGUCUCACAUGUUUUGCUCUCGCUGUGUUUUGCAUGUCAGUUUAAACAUUCCCAGUUUCUACGUGAAGUAGCUGUAGAAGCUCAUCCCUGUAGAAAACCUGUUGUUGUUUUGGUUGUUUUUUUUUGUUUUUGAGAUCAGGUCUUUUGUUUUUUCCGGCCCUUUUUAGUGCCCAUUUAAGAUGACAACCUUUGCCUUCAAUGUACAGCUAACAGUUUAUCACAACAGGCACCCUGCCUUCACGGGAAAGCUCCUAAUUAAUUUGUGUGUCCUUAAAGGGUUGCUUAAAUGUCUUGUGUCAUUUCUAUGCUUUUUUUUUUUUAUUUUUUUUUUAUUUUAUCAAAAAUUAUACUGUACCAUAUCAAAUUGUCUGUAUAAUAUUUAUGGUUUCAUGAUACCAUAAUCAAAAUGAAAUGUACAUUUUCAUUCUUAAAUCUUUAUACAAGGCCCUACUUAAUCCCAUGGAUGGUGUAUUUCAGUAACUUUUGCAGAAUGAAUGGCAAGUGAUAGGAGAGCAGCUAUUUGCUACAAAUAGCCAAAAAAGAAAAAUGAAAACUGGAGUGAAUUGGAACAGAACCAAAGAUGCAUAUUAUCUGCAUUUGUAGUCAUCCAUAAGAUUAACCAGCGGCCUUUUUUUGUUUGUUUCUUUUGUCCAACUCUUGCAUAGAGCCCUUGCAUUCCAAACCUCAGACUGGCCUAUAACUUUUUUUUUUUUAAAGUAACACCCUGUAAAAUGGUAGAAAUGUCUUUCUGUAUUAAGCCGUGUCUGGAGUUUCAGCAGACAGAAGGGGGGCGUACCAUAAUUGUGUUUUGGAUGUUGAAACCGGUCUUUGAACACACUGUCAGCAGGUUUUUUGUUCAAACAUUCGCUCUGUAAGGGAAUAGCAGUGUACCGUCUGCUUCGUGCAUUGUCACAGUGAUUCAACACAGCAGUUCUGGGUUUACUUUGAACAAAAUGAAGCUCUUAUUGUUUUUACUUUGCUUUGUUUUUGUGACUGGUUGGGGGGAACCGUACACUCGAGGGCCCGUUGCCGACGUGGAUGAAGCACAAUUUCGGGACAGCCAGGAGCAGCACGGCCGCAUUUUGGAAUAAGCACUUUUCUUUGGACACUGUUGCUACAGCUGCAGAUGCAGAGUGCAUCUUUUUCUUUUUGCCUUGCCUCGUUUAAGAAGGAAACAAGAUGUUAACAUGCACAGAGAAAAUGCCAUUUUGCUGCUGAUGUUGUUAAAUGGGCCCCUUGUGGUUAACUAUGGAAUAACACAUUUCUGCUGGCAAUAUUGUAACUAAUACAAAUCCUCUAACAAUUGCUGCCAGUACAGCUUUCACUGUAGAUAAACUACAGCAGAUAAACCCCCAUUUGUUUGCACAUUUGGCAUUUUUGGUCAUGAUUUGUCAUUUUGUUUCAGAAUACAGAGAUUUGUCAUAUCACACUUAUGUUUAAAAGAAGUUUGAACUGUAAUUUGUCAACAAUAUGGCCACACUUGUUAAGUUUGGCAUUUAGCUGAGUGGAAUGAAGUGCUCUCUUGCUGCUUGUGCUUGAAAGUUGGACUUGGAUUACUUUUUGCUCCCAAGAUGGAUUUUUGUUUUCUUCUCGUACACAAAUUCAGUGGAAAGCAACGUCCUCUUCUCAUCCUAACUGAAUUGCCUUCGACCACUAUCGACAGUCUACAUCUAUACGAGACUAUGAGCUUCUGCUUCCAGUCCUUUUGUAUUCAGGAUAUCAAAACAUUGUAAGCACAUGGCUGGCUGCACUUUUGUGCCCUGGGAUAAUUCUGAAGCUUGAUUGUAUGUCUGUAACACAAAUUCUGUAGCCUUCAAGCUGCCAUGCGGAUUCUAGCUUAUUAUGCCGACAAAGAUAAGGAAAAUGUUUAUCAGACCCCUGGCUUCAAUAAAACCAAGAAUCCAAACUUC